AAUAUAGUCAGAUGUCCGGAAUGUGGUUUCACUGCUGAGCUGUUACAGAUAGAGAAAGAGUUUCACUGUGGUAAUCCAGACUGUAUGCUGUCAUCUUGUCGAUAUUGUAAGAAAUCGUGGAAUGAUGAUUCUCACACUCACUGUACAGCUUUACUAACAUUAGUAGAUAGAAAACGAAGCGAUGGGGUCGUGACUUCUUGUCCUAAAUACUGGAAAGAUAUAGAAGUCGAGACAGAUAAGGAUUUUUGUAUUUUACCGUUGGAGGAAAAGCAUGAAGAGUACCGAGCUGUAAAAGAUUUGAUGUUAGCGUCAAUGUCACAGACCCUGAUUAAAUCUAUUUAUAGAAUACAGAAUAAUAAAUUAUGGGAGAAAUAUUAUCUUUCUAGGAAACAUAUCUGUGAUGAUUUUGGUGCUCAGAAGUUAAAUGAGAGACAUCUGUUUCAUGGAACCAACCCCCAAAACAUCCAACAGAUUUGUCAGCAGGGUUUUGACUGGCGUUUAUCAGGAAAACAAGUUGGAGCAGCUUAUGGUGACGGUGCAUAUUUUGCAGUUGAAGCUCAAUAUUCUAAUAAAUUGACCCAACCAAUCAGUGAAACACAAGAUGUGAUGAAAUCUUUAUCAUUCGGACAUUUUAUACCAUUAACACAGAAAUCGGCAACCGUCAGUAUACAGAAUGAUACGUCAUCGCAUAAUCCGACCAAUACUACAACUCCGACAGAUGAUACCACUUCUGUUAAUAACACUCAAUCAUCUAUCGGACAAACUCCUGGGAAUCCCUUCGGACCUGUUUCCUUUUUAGCAUCUCCGUUUCCACCAUAUCCUGCUGCACAAUCACGGACAAGCGGUUUUAAUUAUUUUGGACAGCAGUCGACAUCUGGAGGUGGUCCAUCUACGGGAAGAAAAGUUAAAUUAAUGUUCAUGGCUAGGGUUGUAUGCGGACGCCCAUUUCAAGGAGCUAAAGGAAUACGAAGACCUCCACCAGAUAUUUCUGACAGCAAGAAAAGACUUUAUAAUUCAGCAGUGAAUAAUUUAAAUAGACCCGAUAUGUUUAUUAUAUUUGAUAGUUCGCAGAGUUACCCAGAAUAUGUUAUAGAAUAUUAUUGUUAACAUAACCUGGAAUAUGUUAUAGGAUAAUUUAAAAUGACCCGGAAUAUGUUAUAGAAUAUUAUUGUUAGCAUGACCCGGAAUAUGUUAUAAAAUAUUAUUGUUAAGAUGGCCCGGAAUAUGUUAUAGAAUAUUUUAAGAUGACCCGAAAUAUGUUAUAGAAUAAUUUUAAGAUGACCCGGAAUAUGUUAUAGAAUAUUUUAAGAAGACUCGGAAUAUGUCAUAGAAUAAUUUUAAGAUGACCCAGAAUAUAUUAUAAAAUAUUUUAAGAUGAUCUGGAAUAUGUUAUAGCAUAUUUUUUGUUAGCAUGGCCCAUAUAGAAUAUUAUUGUUAACAUGACCCGGAAUAUGUUAUAGAAUAUUAUUGUUAGCAUGGCCCGGAUAGAAUAUUAUUGUUAACAUGGCCUGGAAUAUCUUAUAGAAUAUUAUUGUUAACAUGCCAGGAAAUCGGACUUUGAUGUUAUGGUAUGUAACUGAAAAUAGAAGAAAUCAGACUGACUGGACUGAUUAGAAGUGUACACUAAUAAAUAAAUCAAAAACAUCAGUCCAGCAAAGGACCCUGUAAAAAAACGAGGAAUAUGAUGCAUGUAUGUAUAUUUGUAUAUAUCAAUGUAUUUAUAUCAUUUUAUUUCAAGUUUUGUUAUUUGUAAAAAUUGAAGUGGUUGUAUAAACACUGAUUUUUAACUUGUACAAUAUUGUAUCAUAUUUUAUUUAUCUGUUUGUUGCUCAGAUUUAUAAAUUUUUUACGUAUAAAUGUAAUCAUUUGUACAUGUUUGUUACUGAAAGAGGUGUGGAAUAUAUCUAAACCUAUA